AUGACGGGCCAGAUCUCUCAGUAUGGCCGGUUUUUGAGAGGACGUCCGCCAGCCCUGCUGGGCAGAAGGGUGGAGAGGCUUUCAGAAGUGAGAAAGCCGAGGGCUGUCGGCCCUGGCUAUGCCAUUGACAGCGCUUCAGGUGUCGUGAGGUCCAAUUUGGGUGCCACUGAAUCAACUCCGCGCCAAUUGUGUCGAGAGGCGUUGCGAGAAAAUGUUCAGUCACGCCCGCUCCUGCGACAAGCUGCACAGCGCGCGACGACGCCUGCAGAAUGCGUUCUGGUUUUGAGCCAUUUGGCGCACAGCCGCCCUGUGGACGAGCCUUCCAUGCGGCUCUUAGCCGAGAAGUUGAAGCAGAGCCCGACAAUCAGCGCCAAGCAGUUCUGCUUGGCGGCGAGUGCCUUUGCGCGGGCAAGACUUUGGGUAGCCACGUUUGGUUCUAUGGUGUCUGACCUGAACAGGCAAGAGGGGUCUGUGCUUUCCUUGAAAGAUUUCAAUCAGACCGAUCUUGUUCAGCUGCUGCGCUUUGUGAGCGUAUUUGGUGGGCUGAUCGAGGACAAGGACGCGUUGUGGACGGCGGCAGGUUCGCGGCUACAAGAAGAGGAGCAGAAGGGGCAAAGGUUGGAUGCAACCGGCCUGGUCUCGUUGCUGCGAUCACUGGUGCAAGCCGAGCAUCCGAGCCUAGCAACGUGGCUUCGCGCGCGAUUGCUAGAGGAACUUCCGGUCUGCUCUCCUCGACAAUUGGCCAGCGCAUUGCUAGAUCUCGGUGCUUUGGAGCUGUUAGAUUCUCGAACAGUGCAGACUCUACAGCGUGAAGUGACUCGCACAAUGUCUUCAAAUCCGGAAGCCAUGCGACCGCGAGACCUGGCUUCAAUUCUGGCAGGAUAUUCAAAGCUUUCGGACUUAGACCAGCGGCAAGAUCUCAUGUUUCCCUUGCUGCCUCAGAUGCAAGCAUUGAUGCCUGGCUGCUCGGUUUCCGACCUUUGCGAAGUCCUUCAUGCGUUAGCUGCUGCGCACAUCACUGUUCGGGCUCUGCUGGAGACGUGGUCCUCUAACUUCUUGGACAAGGCACUUGUUCCACGUAGCCAAAAUGGUGCUACGGAGCCACUUUCCCUGAGCCCGAGCCAACUAUCACUGGCCAUCGCGGACCUUGUCAAGUUGCGAUUUGUCAAUCAGGAUCCGCAUGGGACCUUUCACGCCUUGCUGAAGUCGGUUUCAGACGUCUCUCCUGCUCUUGGCGGGUUGUCAGUGUGCCACGUCGUCAGUGCCUUGGCGCGCCUCAAGCACGCAGACAAAGGUCAAUCGGCAAAAGGUCUGCUGAACACGGAUGAAGAUUUUCAGAAGACGCUCGUGCACAAGCUGGAGGCACAGCUGGUGUCGAAAGUGGAGGAGCUGCAACCCCAGGGCAUCGCUGCAAGCGCGGAAGCUUUUGUGAAGCUGCAGCACAUCAGUGAGGAGCUAUUCAACUGCCUGACUACAGCUUCAAUGAAAUGCUUGGCGGAAUUCUCAUCAGAGGAUUUUGCAAUGAUGUCCUCAGCUCUUGGCACUGCCCAGAAGACCUUGGUCAGCUUUCAAGGUGACGUGCUGGAGCAGUUUGGUCGGCAAGCAGCCCGUUCUCUGACGGAGAGCGCUUGGACACCUAGGCAGGUGGCGCAGGUGCUGCAACCAUUUUCAAAGCCUCCUGAAGGCCUGCUGCAUGCAGCCCUACGUCACUUGAGGACCCAGACCUCCAGCUAUUCGCCGCGCGACCUGGCGCUCUUCUUAAAUGGCCUGCAGUCCUGCGGCGUCCUCUCCACAAACAAGGCCUUGGCUGCAGAUGUGUGGGAUGUAUCUCAAGAACGACUGCCACUGCGCGGAGGUUCCGAAACUCUCGCCAUCGCCAAGUCUCUGGUGCAGCUGCGGAGUGUGAUCCCACUCGGAAAGCUGAGGUAUCGCUUCCGGGUGCUGAGCCAUAGACUGCAGCAAGCCUUCGCAGCUGGGACGGUGCAGCUGCAGGAGCAGGCGGAAGUGCUGCGAUUGUGGGCUUUGCUGGGGCUUCGCGAUUGGCCUUUGCUUGCAGAACUGGCCCGGAAUGCCUUGGAGGUGCUGUCCGCAAGCGCCUUGAGGGCACUAGCAGAUGGCAAGCCCUUGCCGCUUCCAGCCGAGGACGAUCUGUCGCAAGCCGUGUAUGCGUAUGCCAAGCUGGGCGCGCCGCAGCUUGUGCCUUCUGCUUAUCGGCCGGCAGUUGCUGAGUUCUUCAUCCAAGCCCUGAAGGCGCUGCAUUCUGCAAAAUCAGUGCCCAGCCUUCCGGAUCGAGCACUGCGGCAACUGAUGUUGGGAAUUGCCUUUUGCGGACCGCUGGAUGAAGAGGCGCAGCUGCAGAAAGAGCUACUGCAGGAAGGCCUUGAGAAUUGGCUGCCGUUGGGCAAGUGGAAGGAAGGCGGCCCUGCCCGUUUGGUUGCUUCCUGUGCCGCCACAGAAUUUGGGCUGAAGCCUGGCGAUUUCUCAGCGGAGGCUGCUGAAGCCUUUGCCGCCCUUCUGCAGCCACGUGAGGCAGAGUCGCCAGAAUUGAGAUCAUUGGAGCGCCAACUCCUUGAAGCGUUGGAAAGGUUUGUGGAUGAUUGGAAGUCGAAGAAUCCAUGGGCACUCCAAGCGGACGCAUCGCAUGGAACAUCAGCACCCUGUGUGUCCAUCAACCAUCCGACUCCACCUUGCGAGAUCCGCUUGGCGGUGCCGGCGUGGAAGGUGGCAUUCCAAGUGGGGCAUGCAGAGGACUUCUUCUCAGGCCCUCGCGAAGCCUGGGUGGACGGCCCAGGAUGGGGUCAGCUCGCAGAAGAGGAGCUGGAUCACGGGGCGCUCCUCGGCGACUUUGUAUUUGAGGAUGAGACCGGAGACAGCUUUGAAGCCAGCGAGGAUGCAGCUCAGUGGCAGCGCCUGCCGGCACUCCAAAUGCGUCUGCUAAAAGGACUUGGCUGGACCGUCGUGGAAGUGCCUUAUGCUCAGCAGCUGACCUUCCCGCAGAAGCUUGUGUACACGAGCGCCGUGCUCAACUUUGCCGUGCUGAGCUUCGUAUGGGUAAAGCGGCAAAUGAGGAUGGCAGACAAGGAGCAGAAGGAAGUUGAAGAGCUACAGGCCACCAUGGCGGAAGUGUCAGCCGACAACUGGAGCGCCAACAGCCGGUUCAGGUGCUUUUUUGCGGCUCAGCAGUACUACAUGCUCAACUCAGCUGGUCCAGAGGAGGAGACAGCCCCAGAAGCGAAGAAGAUGCUGGACGUGUUGGCUCAAUGCCGCGAGGACCUUUAUUGGAAGAUCCCGAAGGAGACCCCCGCCUCCCGACCGGUUCAAUCAACUGCUCCGCAGAAGUGA